UACUCCUUAUUGGUUGGCUGUUCAAACUAGACUUUAGCUCCUAAGAGAAUUUCUUGUUUAUAGGUCAAAAACAAAGACAAAAGACACCCUUUUUCUGAGCUUUCCCCACUCCAUAAAUCAGGCAUUGAAUCCCCUCCACGGUGAGCCCAUCACUGUUUCUCAUAUUCGGAUUCUUGCAAAAGUUAUUUUCGGCAUGGGAGAGGGAAGCCAAGCCAUUUUAUCAGCUCUUGACAAUGCAAGGACUCAAAGGUACCAUUUCAAGGCCAUCGUCAUCGCCGGCAUGGGAUUUUUCACUGAUGCUUAUGAUAUUUUCUGCAUAACUGCUGUAUCCAAGCUCAUAGCCCGAUUGUACUACUAUGACCCAGUAACUGGCAAGCCAGGUACUUUCCCAAAGGACAUAAAAAGUGCUGUGACAGGGGUGGCUUUAUUUGGAACGUUGGCAGGGCAGCUCUUCUUUGGUUGGCUUGGGGACAAACUUGGCAGGAAGAAAGUUUAUGGGAUCACCCUUGUCACUAUGGUGGGGUGUGCCAUAGCUUCUGGCAUUUCCUUCGGUUCCACAGCUAACAGUGUGAUUGGUACCCUCUGCUUCUUCCGCUUCUGGCUGGGGUUCGGCAUUGGUGGAGACUAUCCACUCUCGGCUGUGAUCAUGUCCGAAUAUGCCAACCAAAAAACCCGGGGAGCAUUUAUUGCUGCAGUCUUUGCAAUGCAAGGGACAGGUAUACUUGUCGCAGGAAUUGUAGCAAUGAUUGUCUCCAAGGCAUUCUUACUUGCUUAUCCAGCCAAACCAUUUAGCGCCAAUCAUGUGCUAUCAACUCAACCAGAAGGAGAUUUUGUUUGGCGGAUUGUGCUCAUGUUUGGAGCCGUCCCUGCUGCUUUGACCUACUACUGGCGUCUCAAAAUGCCAGAAACGGCUAGGUUCACAGCAUUGGUUCAGGGAGACCAGAAAAAAGCCGCUGCUGAUAUGGCCAAAGUCCUUGAAACAGACCUAACUGUUGCAGAAUCAAGUGCCAAGGUUGACCCCAAUUCAUCAUAUGGAUUGUUCACUUCUGAGUUUAUGAAGAGGCAUGGAACUCACCUUCUAGGGACUUGCACUACCUGGUUCCUGCUGGAUAUUGCCUUCUAUAGUCUCCAGCUCACUCAGAAUGACGUCUACCCCGCAAGUGGACUGUUGGAUAAAGCGUCGUCAAUGAAUGCUAUUGAAGAGACGUUCCAGCUAUCUAAAGCCAUGUUCCUGAUAGCACUUGCUGCAACUGUUCCAGGAUACUGGUUCACUGUGUUCCUCAUUGACAAGAUUGGACGCUUCAUAAUCCAACUCGGUGGCUUUCUUAUGAUGUCUGUUUGUAUGGCGAUCCUUGGAUUUCGCUAUCAUGAUCUUAGGGGAGAGAAGUGCACCGGAAGUGCGACCAAGGACUUUUGCCAUGGACACACCACAUUGUUCACCAUUCUAUAUGGCCUCACCUUUUUCUUUGCCAACUUUGGACCCAAUAGCACAACCUUCAUCGUACCGGCCGAGAUAUUUCCCGCAAGGUUACGUUCAACUUGCCAUGGGAUCUCUGCAGCUGCAGGAAAAGCAGGUGCCAUCAUAGCUGCAUUUGUGUUCCAGAAAUACACUCAAGAGGACAAAAAAAUUAAGGAUGUAAUCAUUGCACUUUCUGUCGUGAACAUGGUUGGGUUUUUGUUCACUUUCUUGGUGCCAGAAACCAAAGGCCGGUCGCUUGAAGAGUUAUCUGGAGAGGACAAUGAUUUAGGUGGCAUUAAUGUUCCGGAAACUGAAAUGGUUUAGCUACCAGAUAUUUUUAUUUCCUUUUCAGGCUUAUUGGAAGCCGGAUCAUGCAUCAGAACCUCUAAUAAUGGACACAAUUUACUACUUCCUAAUCUUUCUUGAAAGAAAUGUCCAAAAAAGUAAAUUAAAAUACUAUGCUAGUAGCGGUUUAUCUUCCUUAUGAUCCACUUUCUGGAGCCUUUGUAUCCUCUUUUCUUUCUUUUUCUUCUUCC